AUGGAAAACAACUUGAAGGAAGAACUAAAUAGAAGAAUGAGAGCAGCUUGGGCAGCAUUCGCAGCCGUCAGGGAAGCUACAGACCAACUGACGGACCAAGAUCUUCCUGUCUAUCUGUUCGACUCGACAGUUCUUCUAGCGCUCUGCUACGCAGCGGAGACGUGGGCAGACUUCGCUGUCACGUCUAGGAAGCUAAUUACUACCCACAGAGCCUUUGAGAGAUGUCUUCUGUAG